AUGGACCGUGCUUUGGACGAUGAGUGGGAGUUCGUGCCAGCAAGGUUAACUCCUGCAGGUCGUCGUAGGAGAUUUCUGCAUGGGUCCUUGGCGGACCUGUCUGCUCGCAGCACCUUGCCUUCCGGGCCAGCAUCGUUGACUGAACUCUUCAAUUAUCCUGUGUCGUUGGUGGAGAAGUUGUGCAGCACGGGGUAUGCUGCUAGUCAAUGCAAAAGGCUGUUGGCAGAUGGAAUAGUUCAGCAUUCCGACUACAGUGGCAUUGGUGCUGAAAGGGAAGUGAAGAGGUUGCUGUUGCAAGUGUUGCGUGAGGAACACGCCCUUGAAAUUCCACAUAUGUUUACGAAGUCCUGCGACAUUGAUGUGCAUUGUCAGGAGGUGUUGAAGCAUGCGUCUCAUAUCUUGGACAAGGGGUCAUCCUGUGUGUUUGCCGACAUCAUGCACCAACUGGUACCAGAAGCGCAAAACUGGUGUGCUCAGAUGAUUGCGGACAUGCCGGAAAGGAACUUGGAGGAACAGUGCAAGAUCAACAAGGAGAUUCUGGAGUUCCUCAUGCAGAACAUGUGGGUUGUUGACAAGGACAGCUUGUUGACUUCUGUAAGUGACUGCGAGUGCUUUUGCCAUGGCAUGCUUUUGUUUGGCUUUGGUCAGGAGCACAAGGCCCAUUGCCUGGUGCACGGCCAGGACUGCAUCGUGCACAAGUCCCGCGCAAGUCUUCCGAAUCCACGCGCUCUUGUUGUUGCUGACGCAGGCAAUUGCUGCCAGGCAUGGUCCUCUGAGGGUAAGAGGGCCAGGGGCUCUCAUGCUUCUCAGGUCCCGCUGGCCGCUUGGCUGUGCAUGCGGAAGCAUCUUGCUGUGGCUGGAGAGGAGGAUCUCUUUUUUCAAGAGUGCACUCCGCUCUUCGAUGUUGACACGCAUUUGAGGCAACCCCUGAAAGACUCACACCGCAUCAUUAAAGUGAUCGCGGGACCUAGACUGCUGGGGUGGCCGUGCUCCAGAGACAGACUUCUUUCCGCCGGCUUGAACCUUCACAGCCUGGUUUGGCUUGGUCCUAAGACCGAUGAGGAGAUCCAGGCAGAGUUUGAAGGGAUGUUUGGCCGAUGCCCGCAUCUCAAUGGGAGUGUCUUCUUGCAGGAGGAUGAUUCAGUGCAUCAGGCUUUUCUGAGGGAUCAAUUGGGGUCCCGUGGCCAUUACCCCGACAUCAUGCCUGAAGGACAAAAGCUGUUCAACAAGCUGUUAGUGCCCGGCCAGCAACAACGCCUGGCUGCGUACCAGCAGCGCGCUGCAGAGCGUGCAGCUCUAGAUGGAACAUGUUUCUGUGACCUGGAGCAUUGGCCUGACUCGCCAGGCCCAGCCUUUGGACCCAUGAUGCCUUGCCUCCUCACACAUGGAAACAUCUUGGAGCUGAGUAGGAGCCGAUUCGUGCUGCCCGCAGAACGGUUUUUGAGCUUGGGCUUCCACGCUAUGAACCACGUGAGCUCUCGCUUCUUCUGGCCCCUCGCUUCGACCGUGCUGCGCCAGCCAGACAGGGUUACAAAACGCCAGUCCGGAAAUUCGCAAUCGCUGCCCAUUGUUCUGGCGUGGAACCUAUAUGUUUUCGGCAGCACUGUCCAGCGUGAGAGGUGUGAACCGCUUGUCUCCUGGCUAUCCAACUCCAGUGCCAGUGACAAUGAGGAUGCUGAGGCUGAGGCUGGCACUGAGGCCUCUGAGGAGUCCAGUGAGAGCAACUGA